AUGUCAGAUCAGGGACCACGUAAGCGAAGGAAGGAAGUUGCAGAAACGCCGGGUCCAGAAGCAGAAACCGAUGGCGACGGCGCAUCAGAUCCUACUCCCCAACUUUCCACUCUAUCCUUAUUCAUAGUACUCUUCAUAAUUCGACUAGUUAAUGCCCUUUCCAUACGAACAUUUUUCCAGGCUGACGAGUACUAUCAGGCGCUUGAACCGGCGUAUAACUAUGUGUAUGGAUACGGCUACAUCACCUGGGAAUGGCGAGAACACUUACGGUCUUCCAUACAUCCUUUGCUUUAUUCUGUGGGGUACCAAAUUGCCAAAUGUUUGAAUGAUAGCGAUUUUCUAGUCUGGGCCAUUCCCAGAAUUAUCGGAGCCCUCAUUGCGUCCAUAGGCGAGGUGAACUUGUACCUAUUCACCAGAGAGUACACGGGACAGGAAAGUUUGGCUCGAAUCACCGUCCUUCUUUCAGUAGGUAACCCCUUCAAUUGGUAUGUCAGCACUAGAGCAUUUUCUAAUAGUUUCGAAACAGCCCUAACUACAAUUGCAUUGCGGUACUGGCCAUGGAAUACAACGUCUGAUAUCCAGUACGAUCUGUUUCUUACCAGUAUUGCUUUUGGCGCAGUUAGUUGUAUAGUUAGACCAACCAAUGCCAUCAUCUGGAUGUAUCUUGGAAUCUACUAUCUCUGGACAAUUAGGGCAUCACAUGUUCUAGAUAUAGUCAAGUUACUAUUUUUGGCUCUUUUAGAGCUAACUACCAUAUUAGCAGUCAAUUGUGUACUCGACUGGGCUUUCUACGGUGAAUUGACAUUUCCACUUUGGAACUUCUUACAAUUUAAUUUGGUUAAGAAGCUUUCCAUUUUCUACGGUGUUGCUCCAUGGCACUUUUAUUUGUUCCAGGCCAUACCCAUAUUCCUAAUGUUGUACUUACCAUUAUUUUUGCAUUCCUUGUUUGUGCUACAGACUUACAAAUUGAUAUUGACGCAGGUUUCCGUAGUGGUGUUGGUGAUAUUCUCCUUGAUCGAGCACAAAGAAUUCCGAUUCAUCUAUCCAUUGCAACCAUUAUUCUUAGUAAUCUGUUCAUAUUCAUUUAAACAAGUGAUGAAGACUUUCACUGCGAAACAAUUUGCCUAUACAGUCAACUUGAUGAUAAUAGGCAACACGGCUAUCUCGUAUUUCUUCACUCGCAUACACGAGCGUGGUGUCAUAGAUGUCAUAGACUACAUAAAGAACGACUCGAGAGCCUCAUCGGUCGGGUUCUUAACUCCCUGCCAUUCCACACCUUGGCAGAGUCAACUACACGAUCCCGCACUUGAGUCUAAUACGUGGUUCUUGACCUGUGAGCCUCCUUUACAUAUUGCAAGCGGUGAUCAGAAGGCUAUUUUAGAAUACAGAGACGAGUCGGAUAAUUACUACGAUGAUAGAGUAAAAUUUCUUCGAGAAACCCUACCUCCUUUGGACACUACAUCUACAACAACUACGGCCACAAAGUACCAAUGGCCCAGUCACUUGGUUGUGUUUGAGACCGAGGAAAAGUUCAUCACUGAGUUUCUCCAGGAUUCCAAUUACAGACAAUGUCAGAGAUUCUUCAAUAGUUACUUCCACUGGGACAGCCGUCGCAGCGGCGACGUGAUUGUAUUUUGCAACGUGGAUGAAGAAACGAGCUCAUAG